AAUUUGGAGUGCGACAUUUCAAUUUUCUGAUAAUAAAUCCCUAAAUUUCCUCCUCCUGCCACGGCGACUCCGACGAUGCUCCCCUCCAAACCUCCUCGCCGGAAAAUUGUUCCGGAGAACGGCGAUGACUCCGCCGAUAAAUUGGACCAGCUCCUCCUCUCCUCCGCCAUAUGCAACAACGAGGACUUAGGACCCUUCAUCCGCAAGGCCUUCAUCUCCGGCAAGCCAGAGUCACUCCACCACCACCUCCGCCACUUCGCUCGCUCCAAAGAGUCCGAGAUCGAAGAGGUCUGCAAGGCGCACUACCAGGACUUCAUCCUCGCCGUCGACGAUCUCCGAUCCCUCCUCUCCGACGUCGAAUCCCUCAAGUCCUCCCUCUCUGACUCCAACUCCAAGCUCCAGUCCGUCGCUCGCCCUCUCCUCUCCUCCCUCGACGCCCUCGUCGAAACGCGGAAUGUAUCCAGGAACGUCAACCUCGCCAUCGACUCGGUCGGAGAGUGCGUUCAGCUGAUGGAAGAUUGCUCCCGCGCCAACCGCCACCUCUCCAAUGAUAACUUCUACAUGGCGUUGAAGUGCGUCGACGCGAUCGAGAGGGAGCAUCUGGACAAAACGGCGUCGUCGACUCUGAGGAGGAUGCUGGAGAAGAAGAUUCCGGAGAUUCGAUCUCACAUAGAGAGGAAGGUGAACAAGGAGUUUGGGGACUGGUUGGUGGAGAUCCGAGUGGUGAGUCGCAAUUUGGGGCAACUUGCAAUCGGUCAGGCCUCGGCGGCGAGGCAGAGAGAGGAGGAUCUCAGAAUCAAGCAGCGGCAAGCGGAGGAGCAGAGCAGGCUCAGCGUGAGGGACUGCAUUUAUGCUUUGGAGGAAGAGGAUGAAGAUGGAACUGCCGGUGGUGGCGGUGGGAUCGGAGAUGACGGGUAUGGUAACGGUAACGGUGGUGGUGGAAUUCUGGGGUUUGAUUUGACUCCGCUGUACAGGGCUUACCAUAUUCACCAGACGUUAGGGUUAGAGGAUCGGUUCAAGAAGUAUUACUAUGAGAAUCGGAAGCUUCAGUUGACUUCGGAUUUCCAGGUAUCGUCGAUGACCCCUUUUCUCGAAUCACAUCAAACCUUCUUCGCGCAGAUUGCGGGGUUUUUCGUGGUGGAGGAUCGAGUAUUGAGGACUGGGGGUGGGUUGAUAUCGAGAAUGGAAGUUGAGAAUUUGUGGGAGAUUGCUGUUAGCAAAAUGUGUUCUGUGUUAGAGGAUCAGUUUUCCAGGAUGCAAACUGCUAAUCAUCUUUUGUUGAUUAAGGACUAUGUGAGUCUGUUGGGAGUGACCCUGCGGCGAUUCGGGUACCCCAUUGAUGCAUUGCUUGAUGUUUUGAGCAAACACAGGGAUAAGUACCAUGAACUGCUAUUGUCAGAUUGUAGGAAGCAGAUAGCUGAGGCUGUUGGUGCUGAUAAGUUUGAGCAGAUGUUGAUGAAGAAAGAGUAUGAGUAUUCCAUGAAUGUUCUUUCUUUCCAGAUUCAAACAUCAGAUAUCAUACCUGCUUUUCCUUAUUUAGCACCAUUUUCAUCCACGGUGCCGGAUUGUUGUCGCAUUGUGCGGUCCUUCAUUGAGGAUUCUGUGAGUUUCAUGUCGUAUGGAGGGCAGCUUGAGUUCUAUGAAGUAGUUAAGAAAUAUUUAGACAGGCUCUUGAGUGAGGUUCUAGAUGAAGCUUUGGUGAAGCUUAUUAACACAUCAGUUAGUGGUGUCUCACAGGCUAUGCAAAUGGCAGCAAAUAUGGCUGUGUUGGAGCGUGCUUGUGAUUUUUUCUUUCGCCAUGCUGCACAGCUUUCGGGGGUUCCCUUGAGAAUGGUGGAGAGAAGCAGAAGGCAGUUUCCUCUGAGAAAAGCUCGUGAUGCUGCAGAAGAGAUGCUCUCUGGUCUACUCAAAGCCAAAGUGGAUGGAUUCAUGAGCUUGAUUGAGAAUGUAAAUUGGAUGAGUGAUGAGCCUCCUCAGAGUGGAAAUGAAUAUGUGAAUGAGGUUAUAAUUUAUUUGGAAAUUUUGGUUUCAACAGCUCAACAGAUAUUGCCAUCUCAAGUACUUAAAAGAGCUCUACAAGAAGUUCUUUCUCAUAUAUCGCAGAAGAUUGUGGAGACUUUGGUUAGUGAUUCUGUUAAGAGGUUCAAUUUCAGUGCUGUUACUGGAAUCGAUACAGAUAUCCGGCUCUUAGAAUCAUUUGCUGAUAAUCAGGGUGCCCUUUUCUCGGAUGGGGAUGUUGAUCAAUUGAAAACAGCCCUUGUCGAGUCAAGGCAAUUAGUUAAUUUGCUAUCAAGCAAUCAUCCAGAGAACUUCCUGAAUCCAGUGAUUAGGGAGAGAAGUUACAAUGCCUUGGACCAUAAGAAAGUGGUAAUUGUUUCCGAAAAAUUGAGGGAUCCUUCUGAACGACUCUUUGGAACCUUUGGUAGUCGUGGGGCCAGACAGAAUCCCAAAAAGAAAUCACUGGAUACAUUGAUAAAAAGACUUAGGGAUGUUAGCUAAUUAAGCUGUUAGCUGUAUGUAAGGUACUUCUGUCUUGUUUUUUUCUUUAGUUUCAUUUUGCCUCUGAUUUAUUUUAUUUCUAGUCCUUGAUGAAAUUAUUUUGUUCAGUCCAGCCCAUCACUGUGUUCCAAUUACAUUUUGAGAUUUUCCAAUAUUUGUUUGAAAUGUAUAUUUCAUAUGUUCA